GUCACGAAGCAUGCGCCCUGUCAUAAUUCGCUCGUAGAAGAUUGGUCAUAGAUUAAAAUUACAAUAAUCGGGCCAUCGCUCAAGUCUGGUUCUGUGAUAAGUUAAUUUGUCGUGAGUGUGGACUGUUUGGUCUAAUGUGCAUUUAAGUGAAACAAAAUAAAUAUACAAGAUGCUUAUCAAAGAAUACCGUGUCACACUACCCUUAACAGUUGAAGAGUAUCAAGUCGCCCAACUAUACUGCGUGGCGGAGGUCUCCAAAAACGAAACCGGCGGCGGCGAGGGCAUAGAAGUCAUAAAGAAUGAACCAUUCAAAGACUACCCGUUGCUCGGCGGACCUAGUAACCAGUCUUCAGACAUUAACGGUGGCAAGUUCUCAUCUGGGCAGUACACAUACAAGAUCUACCACUUGGCGUCCAAGGUGCCGGCCUUCAUCAGGCUGCUGGCGCCCAAGGGGUCCCUCGAGGUGCACGAGGAGGCGUGGAACGCUUACCCUUACUGCCGGACUGUUCUUACGAACCCCGGCUACAUGAAGGACAACUUCGUUAUCUGCAUAGAGUCCCUACACUUACCGGACGGUGGUGACCAAAAUAAUGUGCACGAGCUACCACCAGAGAAGUUAAAAAACCGAGAAGUCGUCCACAUCGACAUCGCCAACGACCCGCUCUCGUCGGCGGACUACAAGGCCGAGACGGACCCGACCAAGUUCAAGUCGGUCAAGACCGGCCGCGGCCCGCUGGUCGGGCCCAACUGGAAGGCGGACAUCAAGCCGGUCAUGACGUGUUACAAGCUUGUCACGGCUGAGUUCAAGUGGUUCGGCUUGCAGAGCAAAGUAGAAAAUGUCAUCCACAAAUCAGAACGGCGGUUGUUCACGAUUUUCCAUAGACAAGUAUUCUGCUCCAUGGACGACUGGCACGGCAUGACGAUGGCGGACAUCCGCGCCAUCGAGGACCGCACCAAAGAGGAGCUCGAGCGGCUCCGGCGCGAGGGCGAGGUGCGCGGCAUGCGCGCCGACAACGAGUAAACUGUGCGUGCGCAACUCCGUGCGUGCGCAACUCCGUGCGUGCGCAACUCCGUGCGUGCGCAACUCCGUGCGUGCGCAACUCCGUGCGUGCGCUACUCCGUGCGUACGCAUGUGCGUGGCUCGCGAGCGCGCCUGCGCGCCGCCGGCGGGAUAACUUUGGCGACGGAGGGUGACGCUAUAAAAAACUUCAUUGAUGUACGAGUCUCUCUUGUGUAGUGAGAUUGUUCAUGUGAAAAUGAUUCAAUAUGGGUUCAUUUUGACAUACACAAUAUUUUACAGACAUUUUUUAGAUUUAAUUAUUUUUUUUCCAAAAUAAUGUACCUAUUCUGGGUAAAAAGAAAGCGACUUUUCAAUGAAGUUUUCUAAAGCGCUCGUCCUCUGACGUCACUGCCCGUCGGAGUUCCUCCGAACGCUCACCUUGCUCGCGCGAACAACUGAGAUUGUAUAAAUUUUAUCCAAAAUCUACUUAAAUAUAAAUGUUGUUUACUUUUAAAGUAUUCAUUAGAACGAGUCAUUUCGCAAUCUCAGUAUACGCGACGGCAUUUUGAUUAGUUUGAUUACCAUUAGAGAAAUAAUGUCAUUGAAAUGUGGUUAUAGAUUACUAUUUAAAUGAAUAACUAAUAAGUCGAUGUAGUCAGUGGUUAACAGGUAGUGUUGUCGUUACCUAAUAAUAGUUAAACAUAAAAUUCUAGACGAUGUUUUGGACUAUUCGCAACGAGAAUUGGUAUUGCCAAGUGUUUAUCGUGAGCUUCAAGUUCAUUUCAAGAUAUUAUGUGUCGGUCAAAUGUUCUAAAGUUUAAAACAACGAUGAUACAUUGUAUGCUCAUGUUAAAAUAUAAAUAGACUCUGUUUAAAUAUAAUGUUCGACAGUUGUAUCAGUAUCACUUAGUCUCAGCACUAAUGUUACGAAAAAAUAAUCUGUGCAAUAAUUUAUGUGACGACAAGAGCGCAAGAGUCAUACAGAUAUUUCGAUUUUAAUUUGUCUUUCGCGUUAGCAAGUUUAAUACGUAGGUCACUAAAGUAUGGAAGGUAAAGGCAAGGAACAGAAUUUCCAUAUAACAAAAAGUGUCCGACAAAAAAACCAUAAAUAGGUGGCGCUACAAUACCUAGAAUACAUGAGAAAAAAUCUAAUCAUAGACAGCGCACUUCAAUCCGUCAAUAACGCCUAGGUUCUUAGCUACUCUAGCGCUACUCUGGAGAGAUUUGGAACUAUUAUAUAUAGCUGACGGCUGGACACUUUUGCAACAGUUCAGCCUAAGGAAAUUCUGUUCCUUGCCUCUACUUUCCAUACAAUAAAGUCUGUCAACCCAUUUCGGUCAGUAGAAAAAAGCGGCAAAUUAAAAAAAUGUAGCCACGAAGGGUUAUCGUCCUAUAGAAAAUUUGAAAUUCGCGCCUUUUUCUGCUGACAAACUUGAAACAAAGAGGUGGCCUAUAACAUAUAUUUUAAAAACUAUAUUUUCAUAGACAAUGUUUGACGGGAAAGCAUUUAGGUACUUUGUUUUUAAAGGUACUUCAAAGUGAUUAAAAGUUUUAAAAUGUCGGCGCGGGCUAAAGACGAUUUACGAAUCAUUUAUACAUUUCCAUUUCAUACAAAGUUUAAAUCUGUUUUUUAAUAAGUAGAUUCAAAAAGAAAGUAAAUGUUUUCCCGCCAAACAUUGUCUAUGGAAAUAUAAUUUUAAAAAGUAUAUGUGAUACUCUCUGUGAUACCUUUUUGUUUCAUAUUUGUCUAUUGCUAAACUUAUCUAGUGACCUAUGUGAAGACCAAAAUUAUCAUUUAAUAUAAUCCCUCAAUUUCUCUCCAGUUUCAACAAGUAAAUAUAUUGGCCACUUUUAUUCAAUGAUGUUUUGGCUUCUGCUUGUUUAACUUCAAGUAACUCGACGGACAAAUUUAAAUUUAAUGAGUGUAUGGCGUUUAAGUGAAAUACUAGUGGGAUAUUUAAUAUGGGGUGUUGCAAGGUAUCUCGGCGCACUAACUUAUAUUCGGGGAGCGGUCGGCUGCGGGCAUGUUAUAAGUCAACUGGUUAUUGUUACUAUAAUUUUAUUUCGGGUUCAGACCUUUGCAAAUUGCAACACCUUUGAUAGUGAUGGCUUGUAUAUUUGUAUUUGUAAGUUAUGUUGGUUUACAAAUCAGUAUUUUAAUAUUUGUGUGACAUUCCAGAUUCUAUUAAUGGUAACAUUUUAUAAACUUAAUUAGUUUCAUUUGCUGCAUCUUUACUUCCAUAACUUGAAAUAGCUCUCUUUGUUGUUUCUUAAUAUGCAGUUGCAUGCAUAGAAAAAUGAUAAUUUGCCAAGAAUAAUGUAUUUAAGAAUUAAUGAGAUCUAUGUUGUUUUUUAUUUGAUUUUUCAUAUUUUCGGUAAUGAAUUCAGUUGUAUUUAUAAACGUAUCGUCAUUUUCAUUUACGUUUAUUUUGUGGUCGUGCUUAUAUAUAUGUAUUAAUGAAAGUACGGGGCUGUCGCGAGUAUUGAGGUUAGAUACCGGUUCUUGGGGAUAAAAGCAUCUUGUCUCUAUCUCACUGGAGUCGUGGGAAAGAGACAAAAUAAAACCCCAAUCGCAGGCAUGCUGAGACCUUCGAAUCGUGCGCCCAAUGUAGUACUUUUGCUUAUUGAUACUGCACUUUAUUUUAAUUAAGUUUUUUUUACUUGUGUUGUAUACGUUUUACAUCAAAUACAGCGUGAUAUAUAUUUGA